AUGUCCAUUCGCUUAUUGUCUCCACUCAGGGGGCCAAUCACGAGAAGGCUUUUCUCGAAAUGCGCUAUAUUACCUCAAUUGCACGCUCCCAAUGUCAAACUUUCCUCACACCAAGCUCAAAUCGAACAGGCAAGGUCUAAGUUCACCCCGCAAGAGCUUGAACUUGCUCGGCUCGCUAGAGAGGCAAAGUUGGGCUGGCUCAAGAAUCUCCCUGAGAAAUGGAUACCUUAUCUCGAGCUUAUGAGACUAGAAAAACCAGUUGGCACUUGGUUGUUGUUGAUACCCUCCUAUUGGGGAAUCACAAUGGCAGCGUAUUCCAUAGCGGCCCCCUUGACCACAACGUUGGGUGCAAUUGGAUUGUUUUCAGCAGGUGCACUCAUAAUGAGGGGUGCAGGCUGUACCAUUAAUGAUAUCUGGGAUAGAAAUUUGGAUAAUCAAGUGGCCAGAACAAUGGAGAGACCAAUUACUAGUGGAAGAGUGACUGUUCCUCAAGCCGUUGCUUGGCUUGGUGUUCAGUGCUUUGCUGGUUUAGCAGUGUUAUUGAGCUUGCCAUGGGAGUGUUUCUACCUAGGAGCGUUCUCCUUACCAUUUGUUUUUGCAUAUCCAUUAUUCAAACGAUUUACUUAUUACCCGCAAGCCAUGUUAUCCAUAUGCUUUAGUUGGGGGUGCCUUUUGGGAUUUCCUGCAGUUGGCGCUCCUUUAAACUUGUGGGUGGCUAUUCCGUUGUUCAUUUCGAACUGGAUUUGGUGUUUGACCUACGACACUAUCUAUGCUCACCAGGACAAAAAAUACGACAUUCACGCUGGCAUAAAGUCAACAGCAUUAGCGUGGGGAGAUAAAAGUAAACCAAUUCUCAAGGGAUUGACUGUUGCACAAGCUGGCUAUUACUAG